AUGUUACCUCUACAGACAUUUCGCUCACACUUUUCAAGGCGAUGUGUCUCUCAGACAAUCGCCUCUCGCGCUUAUGCUAGCCAAACACCGGGCAAUCCGAUGCUGGAGGUGUUCAACCGCAAGGUCAAGCACUUGCAGAAAGACCGGGCAGCCCAGAAUGUGGAAGAGAGCCGGAAUGUCGAUUACCUGAAGGAUGAGGUAGCAACACGACUAUGCGAGCGUUUAUUACGCAACUUCCCCAACGUCCUUGACCUCGGCGCAAACAGUUGCAACAUUGCCAAAGCUAUCACAGACCCCAGUCUCGAUGUGGUCGGACCUGAGGGAAAUGUCUUGCGACCACUAUCAGGGAAGAUCUCGAAACUGACCUGUGUGGAAACAUCGCGCGCCCUACUUCACCGCGAUGAAGAUAUGCAAUUUAACAAGGAUAUUGAAAUCCAGCGAGACAUCAUCCCAGACUUGGAAACGCUGCCAUAUGCCCCGAACAGCUUCGACGCAGUGCUGUCAUCGCUCUCGAUACACUGGAUCAACGACCUGCCUGCACUUCUAGAGCAGGUGAACACAAUUCUCAAGCCUGACGCUCCAUUCAUUGCCGCCAUGUUUGGUGGUGACACAUUGUACGAGCUACGUGGGUCGCUGCAACUGGCGGAUAUGGAGCGACGAGGUGGUGUGAGCCCGCAUAUCUCGCCGCUGGCGGAUGUCAAGGAUGUGGGAAGUCUAUUGAACCGGGCUGGCUUCAAGAUGCUUACUGUCGAUGUGGAGGAUAUUGUGGUUGAGUUCCCGGAUACCUUUGCGCUUAUGAAAGACCUGCAAGCCAUGGGCGAGAACAACGCAAUCAUGAACCGGGACUCGGCGCCCUUGUCGCGGGAUGUCUUGCUUGCCAAUGAGGCCAUCUACCGCACUCUGCACAUGGAAGAUGGAGCGCCUGGUAUCCCUGCAACCUUCCGAUUGAUCUUUAUGAUCGGCUGGAAGGAGGGCGAGAACCAGGCUCAGCCAUUGCAGCGUGGCAGCGGCGAAGCCAACCUCAAGGAUAUUCUGGGUGGCGGAGAUUUCGACAGACCAUGA